CAAAACUAGUAGAUUCAAGUACAUCGACCAUGGACGACCGCUUUGUGCAACAUUCGCGAGUUUCCGAUGCUGCCCAGAUUAUUGCAAACGAAAACAAAUUCGUUAUUGAAUCCUAUUGUUUUCGUAGUCAGACCACCAGCGAUUCCAAAAUCGUAAAAAUUGGAUCGAUUCAAUCGUCGAUCGACUCAUCAGCUACUGCCAGUGUGGAUGAAGUAAGGAAAGGUGUUUUCGAAAAAGUGGAGAAAAUUAUUGAAGCUGCCGCUGUUGAAAAUGUGAAUGUUUUAUGCCUUCCGGAAAUGUGGUAUAUGCCAUAUCCGUUCUACACACCUGACGGUGUGGCAUGGAGAGAUUUUGCGGAAGAUGUUGAAACUGGAGCCUCUUCGGAACUCAUCAAAAAGUUAGCCGCCAAAUUUAAGAUGGUUAUUGUGUCCCCGAUCCUUGAGAAAGAGUCUGACAUGUUUUUCAACACAACAUUGAUCUUAUCAACAACUGGUAAUAUUGUCGGAAAGUACAGAAAAAUCCAUAUCCCACCAAUUGAACAGCCAUUUCUACAAAGAGGAUCAUUCGAUCAUGCCAUUUUCGACACUGAAGUGGGUAAAAUUGGAAUUGUUAUCUGUUACGAACGACAUUUUCCAAUGUGCUGGAUGAUGCAUGGUCUGUCACAAGCUGAUAUUGUGUUCAAUCCAUCCGCAGAGGAUGCUAACUCAAUGUCCGAAAGACUUUGGUUCGCUGAAGGUGUAAAUGCAGCCGUUUCGAACGGAUUUUUCACGGUGAUGGUAAACAGAAGUGGAACGGAGACGUUUCGUGAUGGGAGAAGUUUCAGUUACUUUGGAUCGAGCUAUGUAGCAUCACCUAAUGGUUAUGCGACGCCACAGCUAUCUGGGGAGACGGAAGGACUGUUGAUAACAGAGAUUGACCUUGAUGAUUGUCGAAAAGUGAAAAAGGAAUUUUCAAUCCAUCAAAAUGUUCACUUGGAUCUGUAUAUCAAUAAAUUGAGUCAAAUGAAGCUGAAUUGACAUCGUAAAGACGGAUUGUUUGCGUUAUUAAUUCGAUCCAACAUGUAAGUUAUCUUUCUGAGGUUUUUAAUUGACUGUGGAAAAAUCAUUUCUUCAUUUUUACGUAUAUGAAGUUUGUAACCAGACGAACAAGCAAUAAAAAAACGCCAUCCGGUUACAAGUGAGCUAAAAGCGAUCAAUUAAACUGAAUUAAAUAUUAAUUGAAACCAUCAUCAUCUCAAUAUUAUAUAUUUUGUUCCCAUAAAAUUUGCAUAAUUUAACAAAAUGAAAACAUUUCAAUUGGGUAUAGAUUAACUUUUAUGUGUUAAUAUCCAUAACCAUCCAUCCAUUUAUCAUAGCAAUGAUGUGUAAUGUGUUUGUCGAGUCAUGAACUGCAUGUUCUAUAUAUAUAUCUAUAUAAAUUCAUAUGGUGUGCAAUGAUGUGUAUAAUAUGCAUCGACACUCCAUAAGCAAAUGAUUGCUUAUUAACACUUCGACACAAAACAAAUAUUAAUUUGUGAAUAGCUCAAUUGGUAUCGCGUUAAAUUUCUGUUUCAGUUAGUUCUCGGUUGAACAAUAAUUUAUGGAAUUGAAUUUUCAUAUUUUCAA